UAUCAUGUGCGUAUCACGUGCCGAAUAACCAAGCUUUAGAUCGAGUAGAAGAUGAACCCAUUUUCAGGUUCUUGAGCCACUGAUCACUCACCGGAAAGAAAAAUAAUUAGACCAGCUUCCAAAUGCCUGAAAAGUGAAAAUCAUCGUCUACACAGCUAUGAAGAAGCUUAAUCGCUCUCUGAUUCUCUUUCUGCUUCUCCUUCUUGUUCUGAGCUUAAUUCUAUUAUAUGCGGAAGCUGAAGUCAUAACCCUAACCCCUGAGACCUUCUCUGACAAGGUGAAGGAAAAGGAUACUGCAUGGUUUGUGAAAUUUUGUGUUCCUUGGUGUAAGCAUUGUAAGAAUUUGGGAUCAUUGUGGGAAGACCUAGGGAAAGCAAUGGAAGGGGAAGAUGAAAUAGAGAUUGGAGAAGUUGAUUGCAGUGCAAGCAAACCUUUAUGUACGAAAGUUGAUAUUCAUUCGUAUCCUACAUUUAAGCUCUUCUAUGAUGGAGAAGAAGUUGCUAAAUAUCAAGGGGCAAGGAAUGUUGAAUCGCUUAAAUCAUUCGUUCUGGAGGAAUCAGAAAAAGCAGCAGCAAAAGCACAGCUCGACAGUGAUCAAGAUUUGUGAUUAUCGUUAAGUUGAGGAACAUCUAGAUGGAAUCAGAAGUGUUGGUGAAAGUCUCAAUGGAAUCAACAUGGUUCCACUGACUAAACAUCCCAGCUGAGAUCACCUUGUGGAUUAUAUGCAGAUUUUAUUGAAGGUCGUUUUCUCAUCCACCCUGUGAUCAGAGUUCGUUUAAUCCGUUUGAGAAGAGCGCUAAUUUUUUGUUGAAGGGCAUUUGAUCUAUUACUGAAUUGUAUUAUCAUACUAUAUAGGGAAUUUAUGCUGAAAGUUUGAUGGUACCUAGUUUCUAGAUUCAAUCAUGAGAGAAUUGAGGUUGCCUCCAUGUGAUGUCAGUCAUGAGUUACAAAAUUUUGAGCAUAGAAUAUAUUGAAGCUUAAUUAUCGCUUAUAAUAUAAAAGAACAUGAUAUUAAACGAUUGUGAUA